AUGUCUGACCUACCUGGAACCCCCCUAACUCGGAGGAACACUACAACCACAACGAAACCAAAGCCGACCCCAAAAGCUGCUGGAAAAGGGGCACAAGGUCAGCUUGCUCAAGAGAAGGAGAUUGAUGCCAUGUACGCAGCCCAGCCAGCUGGUAUAGGAGUGAAGACACCAGCCAAGGCUGCAGCAAGAGGUCAACUCCGGCCCACAGCUAACGAUACUGCAGUAGAUUUACAAGCAGUUCUGAAAAGAAUGGAGCAAAUAGAGUCGGAACUUGACCGGGAAUGUGAGCAGAACAAGAAACUACAGCACAAUGUCACAGUUUUGACAGAGAAGACCUGCCACGGUAAUGAUGCCCAUAUGGAAGAGGAAGAAGAUACCGAGGACAUAUCUACCCAGCCACAAAAAGAGUUGAUGGCAGAGCAAGAAGCAUUGAGCACUGAGCAAGAAACUGUUGCUUGGCUCCAGGAACAGCUUGAGCAACUGGACGCAAAUGGACAAGAAGUCACCAGUGACCUGGUGCCCCGCCUGAAAGGUACAGCAGGAGCUGACUGGAGCAUCCAGGAAGUGAUGGGGUUGGCUGGUUCUGAGAAGAAACAUGGUAUCUACAGGGCACUUGUGCGUAAAAUUCAUGACCUAACUCUCAAUGCACGUAUCAAAUGGGAUUCAAAAUGGGCAGACAUACCUGCAAGUGAUAAGGCAAAACUGUUUCAAGUUGCGAGAGAUCAGCAUCCAUAUCUCAAAUGGUGGCUCAACAUUCCAGAGAAUUACGCCUACCUCAAGAAAAAACAGGCCAAUGUCGUCCUCUCGGCAAAGAAGAAGGCCAAGCAGAAGGCCGCUCAUUCUCGAAAGGGAAAGUCGAAGGUGACCCAAGCAGAUGACGAGGCGAGCGACGAGGACCACCAGAUGGAUGAGGGCGAAGACGAGGAUGAGAACUGA